CAAAGACCUAAUUGUAAAUACACGUAUGCAUAAUUAAAAAGUUUUCGCGUGAACUUUUAAUGAUCCGGUGUUAAAUAUAUCAGCCGCAUAUACGAAACAAUGCCAAAAGGAAAGAAAAUCAAACAGCUGUUGCUAGUAAAAUUAAUGUGCCUAUAGAAAAUACUUAAUUAGAUUAGUAAGCAAAAUUAAUAGACGUAUAGGAAAGUGAUUUUAGUGAUGUUUAUUUGAUUAGCAAAUUACAAUUCAUGCAAAUAGUAAUUUAAUAAAGAAACAAAUAAAAUGUUUCAUGUUUGUCAGAUCUCGGGGUGUCUUAGCAUUAUCAAGCGUGCUAAAAGUGUUUCUUAAUGAAUGGUGAAACUGUGUAAAUUCAAUGGAACCGUGAUUCGUCUGCGGAAGACACAGCCAAGAUGUUACCCGUGCCUCAGGAUCGCAUGUCGGGGCGGCGAAGUAGCUCCAUCGUGAGCCGCACGCUGCUUGGCCGCCGCGCUUCCGUCUACGUCACCGGGAACCAUCAGGACCCAGCUAAGCUAAUAACGGAGAUCAACGUGCAACUGGCGCUGUUCCGGGACCUGCUUAUCCACUUCGGGCAGCCGCCCGACUGCCCGGAGCUGCGCGAGCGCGUGCGCCGCCUGCGCCGCGCGUGCGUCGAGGCCACCAAGCAGACCAGCCAGCUCGUGCUGCCCAACUGCAAAAAGUCGACGAGCGAGGGAUGCACGGAACAGCCCCAACUGGUGCUGCUGUACUUCAUGGCGCAGCUACUGCUGCGGGAGCUCGCCAAGUGCCACCGGCUAGUGCAGCUCGUGCCCAUGGACAUGACGUCCUAUUACGAGAACCGCGCCGGCCCGUCCAAUUUCGGGAACGUGAUCAGCCAGAUCCUGCUGUGCAAGCAGAUCACGCCAGACUUCAACCAGGAGGAGCUCUGCAGCAUCGCCAAGGACACCCAGGAGAUCACCAGGAUAGUCACGGAUAUACAGGAGUACCUGCCUCAGCAUGAAAACCUUAACCACUUAGAGACCAACGUCGCGUUGAAAGGAGAAGAAAUGAACGGACUCUGGCGGAACAAACGGAGAGGCUCACUGUACAAAAGCAUGGGGGUGCUCUGUUGCGUGUCGCGGCCAAACUAUCUCUGAGGGUGACGCGUCUCGCCUUCGCGGCGGCCCGACUAACCGACUUCAAUGUAGCUCAAAAACAAAGUGCAAGGUGCCUACCAGUCACAAUAACUCAAGUGUUCAGCAGUGUGUGUGUACGGAGCUCCGUAUGCUCAGGGAAACGUUACGAGUGCGUGUGAUGUGUACAGAUUAGACAAUGAACGGGUCCAUUAUUAUUGUCUAAUUAAUAGACGAGAUAGCGUAGAGGAACUUGAGGUGGAUUAAACUUCUCAUACAUUAUGCAAAUCACUAUUCAUAGGUAGAGAUCAUCACGCACGGUAGUUCAAUUAUAAACGUUUCUGUAUCGUGUAGCGUAAGUAAAGUUAAUAAUGUAUAACAGAUAGACGGAUUUAAUUAAUUAAUAUCGUGAAUUGCCUGGAAUGGGAUCAACUGUUGCGUUUAAGUAGAAUAGACUUAAAUAUUCAAUGCUUUUUGCACAAACCCUAUAUUUUACUUGCUACGAGUAGAUCUCAUUUUGAUUAUAGAUCGUUGUGUUCAAAUUGUGGUAGGAAACUACUAGUCACCGCGGUACAUUUUAAGACCUAAUUUUAAAAAUUUCUUCACGUCACUACAGAAGUAGAAAUUCUACAGAUAUGCGGUGUUACGUCCCACAUGUGGAGUCGUUGUUGGUUUAUUACGACAAUGCUCGGAAUACAUCGUUACCUACUGUUUCAUUAUCUUGUCUUCCAAUAAGCUACAUAGUUUUACUUUUAAAAUAUUCACUUAGAAGAAUAUAACUUUCGAGCAACCUCAUUAACAAGUCUCAUUACAUUAAUUGCUUUUUCUUUCACUGAAAGUUUGUGAAAAAUGAGCUCUUCUUCAUUUUUAUACGGCAAAGUUAGUUACCAAAUGUUACCUACGGGUAAUGCCCGGGGUUUCCUAAAGAAAUUAUUAUGGCCUAGUCACAAUUGUAGGUAGAUGACACCUUAAACAUUCUAGUCAAUUAUAUAUUUGAUUAAUGAUAUUAUUUUUACCGUAAUAUAAUACAAUUAUAUUUAUAUAUUGUUAAUAAAAUACAAAUGACACCUAUGUAUCUUAGAUAAUUAUAAAGUAUUUCUGUAAUUAUAUACCUAAGUAUUAGAAUUUUAUUGAUAAUAAUUCUGUUAGGGAGAAAAUUAAAUAUUAUAUUAAAUACACAUAAUUGACGUAUAUUGCAAUACGCAAUACUUAUACGCAAUUCGAUUAUAUUUGAUUAUUUAUGAAAUCGUUGUCAUUUAGACUUCUCUACAUUUUACUAAGUAUAACUAUAAGUAUAUACCUAAGAGAUAAACUGAUAUCAAAGAUAUUGUGAGCAUAAUAUUAGCUUUAAUUUUGUUUGCGCAUGUAUACUACUUGAGACUUAAAUCUAAAGUAAAUAGAGAUCACAGAUAUAUAAUUAAAUGUAGGAAUCAGAGUAGCAUUUUGUGCACAUAAUAUUUACGCUUAUCCGUUUGAGCAGUCUCCUUCAAUAUCAAUACCCCAUCGUAUCAAAUACAAAAGCACGAACGUUUCAUGCGGAGUAUACACUCAGAGCCCACUGCAAACACUCCAAGGUUCACAAAAUGCUUUCCUGCUUUGCUGCCAUCUGUCCAACUCGGGAACGUUUGAAAUUAUUUUAUUAAAACAUCUUUUGAUUUGUUAUUUACCUAUAUAUCUAUAGGAGUGCAAGCACAGAUCGCUCGCUGCUUGGUCAAAGGCGUCGCUUUUCUUUGGUGUAUGGUAUCUAUUUCGGCUUCCAAGGAAACCGUUAUUAACUUAUUAUGUAGAUUGACAGAUAACUAUUUACGUAAUUUACGAACAUCGGUGUUCUAAACCCUCAGAAGUGGAUCGUGUGACGGGAAACCGCUUUUACUUAUACCACUUUAAAGGUAGAUUUGCAGUAAUUAUUAAAUUUGUUAAAAAAUACUUGCAAAUAAUGUUCUUUCUUUUUGGCGGCACUAUUUUACUGAGUCAAUAUAGUAGACAUAGUAAAAUUUUAGCGUCUGACUAAAUCAAUUAUUGACAGGGAAUCUAUGCCUAUUACCAUUUCCGAAAGAUUUUUUUUUCAAGGAGCAUUUAAGAUAUGAUUAAAAUUGUUAAAUUACAAUAAAAGCGUUAGAAGAGCCGCUAUCCCUUGCAAUAUAUUUAUAUUAUUAUUCAAAUGCUGGUAAAUCUACACAUUAUUUGUUACCUUAAAGUUCUGUAACAAACUAUGUACAAUUAUAAUUCCUCUAUCGGCAUAAGUUUGUUCUGAAAAAUUCAUGCAUUUAAAGCCCAAGCCAAGCUGCUAAGUCCAUGAUGUCCUGUAUUAGUUACCUGUGUCAUGAUAACUCUAAUUUCAUCAUGUGCAGUUACGUUCAUAACCAAAAACAACUGAACCUCGGAGAUCUGAACAUCACUCUAAUAAUAUAAGAGCAUAAAAGCCUGUGUGCCUGUAACCGAAUGCCGAACCAAACGCACACAAUAAUAUGUGUUUCUUUCGUAGCGAUCUAUCUCGCGACGCGAAACGAAAACGAAACGCCGCGAAAGGUAGUCUGGCUCUAUCGCGCCAAUACGCAAGAGCGAUAGAGAUAGAUCUACGAGCGUUUCGUGAGCGUUUGUGCCAUUCGGCUACGUACCCUGUUCAGAUAUUAUCGUUCGCACUGUAACUGAACUGAAUUGUACGCGACUAUACCUGGCCAUGUGGCCAUCUGUCUGUAUGUAUCAUUUCAUCUCUGUGUUAGUCAUAUACCUAGUACCUAAUCUCAUUUUCUGUAAGACACAUUUUACUGUAUGCAUUUACUAAAAUGAUGACUGUGAUAUACUCAUAACAUAAAAUUAUAAAAGAAAACAUGCAUUAAAAUAUGAUUCAA